AUGUCACAGGUCAAAAAAAAUAUCAAAAAAAAAGGUUAUAAAAAACAAAAAACGGGUCAUUCAACAUUAAAAGAAGUCUUACAAAAUAGAGGCGAAGAAUUUGAAAAAAAAGUCGUUGUUCAGUUAAAAAAUGUAGACAACUACAAUAAAGCAAGAUUUUCUUUAGAAAUUUUACAAAAUGCUCAAAUAGGAAGAUUCCUAUAUCAGCUAAAAUUCGAAGUUCCAGAUGACUUUUAUGAUAAAUUAGGAAUCAAGAACUAUAAGCUAAGACCUUUUAUUCCUGACUUCAUAGAAGUUAUCGAAGAGGAUGGUGAAAAGCUGGCCAUGAUCCCAUAUUUAUCCAGGGAAGAGGCGUCACACUUGAAACAAAUUUUUCGAAAUGAAAGACGUGGUGAUAAGCUAUAUAAACAUGAGCCAGAUAUUGAAAAAUUAGCUAGCUACAUAAAAAAUGGCCCAAAUGAUAACAAAGUAAAACAGAUUAUUAAAUAUGACAAAUAUAGUAAAAAAUCACCGUAUCUUGAAUCUAAAUCAGGUGCCCAGUUUAUUCAUAUUCCAACAGCAACCUUUCCUCAGCAAACCGAUCACAAUCUUGUAAUUGCAAUGUCUUUAGAUAAUUUUGUAUCACGUCCUUUUACUGCUGAGAAUGAUUAUUAUAAAAGUUUGGAACUUACUGAUGGAUUUAGGGAGUUUCCUAGACUUAUCGUUCUGGAACAAUCUUUGAAAGAAAAUAUUGCAAUAAAUGUUCCAGGUUUUUAUCGAGUCACCGAUGUUUGGGAACAAAUGGUGAAGCCUACUUUAAAAUGCUAUCAAGCACCAAACGAUUUGGAAUUUUAUAUAGAUAGAAUUGAUCUCGAAGAUAUAUAUGCAGCAUGGGUUUCUGCAACUGAAAACAAAGUGAUUAAUGAAAUUCUUUUCAUGAGAUCAAAAUUUGUUAAUUCUGUUAUUCAUGCAUACUAUGUACUUCUUAAAAAGUCGACAAAUGAUAUUGCAUCGAUAUUAUUAUUUUCCCCUCAAGCAUUUGUUGUUUCCAAUGUUCAAGCUAUUCAAGAUUUUAAACAUGAUUAUUUGAGAAAAUUAUACUUUUUUAAACAAUUUGAAGCAUUUACAUCAAGUUCUCAACAGAAAAAAGAUCGACUAAAAGAUUUGGCUCAAGAAGAAGCUACGUGUAGAAUUAAGUUUGACAAAAUUAUAAGAGAUCCUAAUAAAUCUAAAGAAUUAACAGCUCAAUUCAAUGUUUGCGAUGAGGAUUCAUUCACAUUCAAAAAAACCUUACUCAAAGAAUUCAUUUUGGGAACUCUUAAAGCUAUCCGUUUCAAUGAUAUAAAAUAUAAAAAUAAGAGCUAUGGCUGUCCAUUGUCGAUUUUUUCUCUUGAAGAUGUUGAUAAUUGCUCCACAGGAAUUAUUAUCCAAUUAAAAGGAAAAUUUACUGAUUUGGAGCUUAAAAAAGAUGCCACGUAUCGUCUAUAUAAAAGAUAUUUAGAUCUCAACACUGAUAAGAUUCUAAAAAUGCUUAAGAAAAUUGAUAUGAAAGAAAAUUCUUUAUUUUUGAACAUAUUAAAAAAUCCAAAUAUAUGGGGAUCGCAUUCAUCUGAAGAAUAUACUUAUUCAAAGGAAUUAAAGGACACUGCUUUGAAAUUAUGUGAUAAAUUCUCCAUGUCUCCAUCACAAAAAGAAAUUGCAACAGAAUUGUUAGAAAAAAGCGCUUUUUCAAUGCUUCGGAUUACAAAUGAUAAAAAGUCACUAAAGAAAUCGCUUGAAGGCAUAAAAGAUUGUAAGCCUAAGCAAUUGAAAAACAAAAUCAAAGGUGAUAAACCUAUCGUUAUCGGAAGUACAGUAUGGAAUUGGUAUAAGGUCCAUAACGAAUGUCGCUGUGAUAUUAUGAUUAUAGAUGAAGGAUCGCAGCUCCUGACUUCGGAUGCUUGUGUCGUCCUUGAAAUUUUGGAUCUGGAUCACGGAAAGUUAAUUAUUGCUGGGGAUCACAUGCAACUUGGACCCAUCAUUAAAAAUACAUAUCCCACUUUUCCAGAUGAUCAUCCCUUUAUUUUUGGAUCUAUUCAACAGUGUUUAAUGAGAAAAGAGAAUGGCACUUCCUUUAAUGAAGGUAAUUUUUUCCUGGAAAAAGGACAAAAACAUGAAUAUGGUCCUUGCACGCUUCAACUUAAGGACAAUUGGCGAAUGCUCAACAGCUUUUUUCAAGAAAUAUAUGGUGAUAACUACAAUUCAAAAAAUCCCACUUUAAAACUGAAUUUGGAUUAUAAUAAAUUAUUAGAUCCGGAUAUAAGAAAGAUACUGUUUCCCGGAACAGCUAUAACUUUAGUAAAGCUAAUAUUAAAUAACCAUGAAAAAUCAGGAUUGCUAGCAGAAGCGGACAUUGUGGCUAGAAUA